AUGGCCGCCGCCUCGGAGCUCCUCAAGGCGCGAUGCCGGCGUCCUUCAUAUCUGAAGAAGCUAGCCAAGGCUGAGGAUCUGAUUGACUUGUUUCCCCAUAACAGCUACAUUGGUUGGUCAGGCUUCACCGGUGUAGGCUACCCCAAAAAGGUGCCGACAGCUAUGGCGGAUCACGUGGAACGCAAUAAUCUGCAAGGGAAGCUCAAGUACAAUCUCUUCGUGGGUGCCAGCUCCGGAGCUGAGACGGAGAAUCGAUGGGCAAGGCUCAACAUGAUCGAGAGGCGAGCACCUCACCAGGUCGGAAAGGAGAUCGCCAAGGGCAUCAACAAUGGAAACAUCAAAUUCUUCGAUAAGCAUUUGAGCAUGUUCCCAGUGGACUUGAUGUAUGGAUACUAUACAAAGCACAAGGCUAACAACAGGCUUGAUGUUGCCAUCAUCGAAGCCUCUGCCAUCACUGAAGACGGCGGAAUUAUCCCAGGUGCCAGCGUUGGUGCCAGCCCCGAGAUUAUUCAGAUGGCGGAUAAGAUCAUUAUUGAGCUCAAUACUGCUGCGCCAUCCUUUGAAGGCUUACACGACAUCACCAUGACCAAUCUGCCGCCCAACCGAAAGCCAUAUCUUAUCAUGUCUCCCGAAGACCGCAUCGGCACUCCUCACAUACCGAUCGACCCGGAGCGCGUGGUUGCCCUCGUCGAAAGUGACUACCCGGACCAGACUACGGAGAACGCACCGGAAGACGAUGCAUCUCGCGCGAUUGCUUCCAACCUGAUUGAAUUCCUAGAACAUGAAGUGAAGCAUGAUCGGCUUCCCAAGAAUCUCCUGCCGAUUCAGUCGGGUAUCGGCAACAUUGCCAAUGCGGUGAUUGGUGGUCUGGCCUCUGGUGGUGCCAACUUCAAGAAUCUCAAGGUUUGGACUGAAGUCCUUCAGGAUAGUUUUCUCGAUCUCUUUGACUCCGGCAACCUCGACUUCGCGACCGCAACCAGCAUUCGCUUCAGCCCUGGAGGCUUCAAGCGCUUCUACGAUGGGUGGGAGAAUUACCACAGCAAGCUCCUGCUACGCUCUCAGCAAGUGUCUAACAGCCCUGAGAUCAUUCGUCGGCUUGGCGUCAUCGGCAUGAACACUCCUGUUGAGGUCGACAUUUACGCCCAUGCCAAUAGUACGUGUGUGAUGGGCAGCAGAAUGCUCAAUGGCCUAGGUGGUUCAGCGGAUUUCCUGCGCUCCGCCAAGUACUCGAUUAUGCACACCCCUUCCACGCGACCAUCCAAGACGGAUCCUACCGGCGUCUCUUGCAUCGUCCCCAUGUGUACACACGUUGACCAGACAGAGCACGAUCUUGAUGUCAUCGUAACGGAGCAGGGCCUUGCGGAUGUUCGUGGUAUGAGCCCUCGCGAGCGUGCAAGGGAGAUCAUCAAGCACUGCUCGCAUCCAGAUUAUCGGCCGAUUUUGCAGGACUACUUCGACAAGGCUGAAUUUGAGUGUCUGAAGAAGGGCUGGGGACACGAGCCUCAUCUCCUCUUCAAUUCGUUUGAUAUGCACAAAAACCUGCAGGAGAAGGGCACAAUGAAAAUUGACAGCUGGGCGUGA